UAUGCAGUACUGGGCCAGGAGGCUGGAGCAGGAGAUUGAUGGAGUGAUGAGGAUAUUUGGUGGAGUCCAGCAGCUCAGAGGGAUCUACAAUGAGAAUAGAAACCUGUUUGAAGUCAAGGAGAACGUGCCCAGGAAAUUGGUGGAGAAGGUCGCAGGGGACAUUGAGAGCCUCUUAGCCAAGAAAGUCCGUGCUUUAAAGAGACUUGCCAAUGCGGCAGAGAAGUUCCAGAAGGCUCACCACUGGCAGGACAACAUCCGGGAGGAAGACAUUGAGUACUAUGACUCGAAGGCAGACACUGAAUACGAUGAUCCCGAUGGUGAAGAGAUUGAGAGGGAAAAGUCCAACUCCUUGAAGCUGGAGUUCACUGAUGAUGACAACUUCAAGACCAAGGUUAACUAUUCGUAUGCUGCUGUGCAGAUCCCCACGGACAUCUACAAAGGCUCCACCGUCAUCCUCAAUGAGCUAAACUGGACGCAGGCACUAGAGGACGUCUUCAUCGAGAACCGGAAGGAGGAUCCCUCCCUGCUCUGGCAGGUGUUUGGCAGUGCCACCGGCGUCACCCGCUACUACCCCGCCACCCCGUGGAGGGCUCCCAACAAGAUUGACCUCUAUGAUGUGCGCAGACGGCCCUGGUACAUCCAAGGUGCCUCCUCCCCAAAGGACAUGGUCAUCAUCGUGGACGUGAGCGGCAGCGUGAGUGGCCUCACCCUCAAGCUGAUGAAGACCUCAGUCUAUGAGAUGCUGGACACCCUCUCAGAUGAUGACUAUGUCAACGUGGCCUCGUUCAACGAGAAGGCAAAGCCAGUGUCAUGUUUCAAGCACCUGGUGCAAGCCAACAUCCGGAACAAGAAGGUCUUUAAGGAGGAUGUGCAGGGCAUGGUGGCCAAGGGCACAACUGACUACAAGGCUGGCUUUGAGUAUGCCUUCGACCAGCUGCAGAAUUCCAACAUCACCCGUGCCAACUGCAACAAGAUGAUCAUGAUGUUCACAGACGGUGGCGAGGACCGGGUGCAGGACGUCUUUGAGAAGUACAACUGGCCCAAUAAGACGGUGCGGGUCUUCACCUUUUCCGUUGGGCAGCACAACUAUGAUGUGACCCCGCUGCAGUGGAUGGCCUGUGCCAACAAAGGUUACUACUUUGAAAUUCCCUCCAUCGGUGCCAUCCGCAUCAACACACAGGAGUACCUGGAUGUGCUGGGCAGACCCAUGGUCCUGGCAGGGAACCGAGCCAAGCAGGUUCAAUGGACCAACGUCUACCAGGAUGCCCUGGGGCUGGGUCUGGUGGUGACAGGCACACUGCCGGUGUUCAACUUAACGGAGGACAGCAGUGACAGGAAGAACCAGCUCAUCCUGGGUGUGAUGGGUAUCGACGUGGCUCUCAACGACAUCAAGAGGCUGACACCACGAUACAAUCUGGGGGCAAAUGGUUACGUCUUCGCCAUCGACCUGAAUGGCUACGUCCUGCUGCACCCCAACCUGCAGCCCCAGAUCAUCAAUUUCCGGGAGCCGGUGACGCUGGACUUCCUGGACGCUGAGCUGGAGGAUGAGAACAAGGAGGAGAUCCGGAGAAGCAUGAUUGAUGGGAAUGACGGGCAGAGGUUCAUCAAGACUCUCAUCAAGUCCCUGGAUGAGCAAUACAUCGAUGAGGUGUUCAGGACCUACACAUGGGCGCCCAUCAAAAGCACCAACUACAGCCUGGGGCUGGUUCUGCCUCCCUACAGCACGUACUACAUCCAGGCCAACCUGAGCGACCAGAUCCUGCAAGUGAAGUUACCAAACAUCAAAAUGAAGGAUUUUGAAUACCUGCUGCCCAACAGCUUUGAGUCGGAGGGACAUGUGUUCAUUGCACCCAGAGAGUAUUGCAAAGACCUCGACUUGUCGGAUAACAACACCGAGUUCCUGGAAAACUUUAUUGCCCUCAUGGAAAAAGUGACCCCAGACUCCAAGCAGUGUGACAACUUCCUCCUUCACAACCUGAUCCUGGACACAGGCAUCACUCAGCAGCUGGUAGAGCGAGUCUGGAAGGACCAAGACCUCAACACGUACAGCCUCUUGGCUGUCUUUGCAGCCACCGACGGCGGCAUCACCCGCGUGUUCCCUAACAAGGCUGCAGAUGACUGGGAGGAGGAACCAGAGCCCUUUAAUGCCAGCUUCUAUCGGAGGAGCCUGGACAACAAGGGCUACAUCUUCAAGCCGCCUUACAGGGACACCAGCUACCAGGCACUGGACCUGGAGAACAACACCAUCGGGAUCCUGGUGAGCACCGCUGUGGAGCUCAGCAUCGGGGGCAAGACACUGAAGCCGGCAGUGGUGGGGGUGAAGCUAGACCUGGAGGCCUGGGCUGAGAAGUUCAAAGUGCUGGCAAGCAACCGGACGGACCGUGACCAGCUGGGCACCCGACGGUGUGACCCCUCCACCAGCUGCGAGAUGGACUGUGAGGCCAAUAACAAGGACCUCAUCUGUGUCCUCAUCGAUGAUGGGGGCUUUCUGGUGCUCUCCAACCAGGAGGACCAUUGGUACCAGGUGGGCAAGUUCUUCAGCGAGGUGGACGCCAACCUGAUGUCUGCCCUCUAUAACAACUCCUUCUACACACGCAAAGAGUCCUACGACUUCCAGUCUGUCUGUGCCCCCGAGGCCCAGAGCAACACAGGCGCUGCGCCCCGUGGCGUCUUCGUGCCCACCGUGGCUGAUCUCCUGAACCUUGCCUGGUGGACUUCGGCUGCAGCCUGGUCCCUCUUCCAGCAGUUCCUGUAUGGCCUCACCUACAGCAGCUGGUUCCAGACAGAGGAGGUGGCAGGGGACAGCAUGGAGGCCAGAGAGACGAGCUGCAUCAUGAAGCAGACGCAGUACUACUUCAGCACUGUCAAUUCCACCUACAACGCCAUCAUUGACUGCGGCAACUGCUCCAGGCUCUUCCACGCACAGAGGCUGGCCAACACCAACCUGCUUUUCGUGGUGGCUGACAAGCCCCUCUGCAGCCAGUGCGAGUCCAUCAAGCUGCUGCAAGCGGAGGUAAGAGCCCCCCCGAGGGACCCCAACCAAUGUGAGCUGGUGGACAGGCCCCGCUACCGGAAAGGCCCCCACAUCUGCUUUGACUACAAUGCAACAGAAGAUACCUCAGACUGCGGCCGAGGGGCAUCCUUCGCCCCCUCCCUGGGGGUCCUGCUCUCCCUGCAGCUGCUGCUCCUUUACUCCAGCACCAGCCAGCACCCGCUCCCCCCGGCCGCCUGCCUUUAG